AGGGGGAUUGAGGAUGAGAUGGGAGGGGGUGUGUGUGUCGAGAGGGGGUGUGUGUGGAGGAGGCAGUGUGUGUGGGUGUCUGUCUGUCUCGCCGAGAUGAAAGUGUUGCCAGUGCCAGUGCCAGUGCGAGCGAGCCAGAUGAUGAGCCAGGGAAAGGGGGAGGAGGGGUAGUAGUUGGUAGGUCGACUGGGAGUAGAUGCACAGGGCCGAUGAAUGGCUGGGCCCGUCAAAGAGGUGCGAGCGCCAGAUCGAUUCUCUGCGCUCCAGUGAAGCCGAGGUGCGGUGCGCACCAGCGUGUCACAAGUGCUGUCGCCUUCCGAGGCUGGAUCGAGAGGGGGCCGUGGGAUAUUCUAUGCGGCACAGUCAAAGAGUUGCGACGCCCGUGCAGACAGGAUGAAAUGUCGAGACGGGGUUGCGGAUUGGUAGGUCUGUGGGUCGGCUUCUUGGGUCGUGGUCGUGUUCUAGUUGAACAAAAGGACCAUGCGGCUCCAGGAGUUGUACAGGAGCGUCCAAUGUGGAUAUGUGCAAGCGGAUGUCGUGGAUGGCUGCAGAGCAGUCCUUUGGCUUUCAACGCACACCACCGGCCCGGUGAGACGGACCGCGGGCACAAGAUAGGACGGAGGGGCGGGGAGGGGGACGGGGCUUGGGGGCGGCCGAGGCGGAGGGCGUGGUGGGGCGAGGACGAGGGACAGAGGGCCGGGGCGGGGUACAGACCGUGUGCGCGGAUAUGGAGACAGAUGUCGAUAACUGGUAAAUGUUCAGCCCCGGUCAAGGCGCAAAAGAAGGGGGCGGGCGUGCGCUUGAUGAUGGCGAACCGCGGCGGUGCGAGACUCACCCUUCUUAUACAGGAUCGGGCCGUUGAGCGUGAUGGAUGAGUCGUUCUCGAUGCGCCAGGUUGAGACGAGAGAGUGAUGU